AUGAAACAUGGGAAAUUAAGUGUUGUGAUAUGUGUUUGGUUUUUGCUUAUGUGCAAAUCAUGUUGGGGUAGAUUUGUAGUAGAGAAUAUAAGUUUAAAAGUGACUAACCCUGAGAAAUUGAUAGGGAAGUAUGAAUGUGCACUUGCUAAUUUUGGUAUUCCUCAAUAUGGAGGAUCAUUAAGUGGUCAUGUUGUUUAUAGAAAGGAGAAUCCUAAGGCAUGCGACAAUUUCACCGAUGAUAUCUCAUUCAAUUCAAAGACUUCUGGUUCCCUUCCGGUUUUUCUUCUUGCAGACCGUGGUGCUUGUUUGUUCACAAGCAAGGCAUGGAAUGCACAAAACGCCGGUGCAUCAGUAAUUCUUGUUGCAGAUGACCAACCAGAGCAUUUAAUCACCAUGGAUUUGCCUGAAUAUGAUAUAAAAGACGAUUACUUGCAAAAUUUAACACUCCCUUCUGCAUUCAUUAACUACGCACUUGGGGAAUCAAUAAAAAAAGCUUUAGAUGAUAAAGAGUUUGUUCUCGUAAAUCUUGAUUGGUCAGAAGCUCUUCCUCAUCCUGAUGAACGAGUCGAGUAUGAGUUUUGGACCAGUAGCAAUGUUGAAUGUGGACCCAAAUGUGAUAGUCAAAUAAAUUUUGUCAAAAGCUUUAAAGGGGUUGCUCAAACACUUGAACAAAAAGGGCAUACUCAAUUUACACCACAUUACAUCACAUGGUAUUGCCCAGAGGAGUAUAUUUCAUCCGAAAAAUGCAAAUCUCAGUGUAUUAAUCAUGGGAAAUAUUGUGCUCCGGAUCCAGAUGGAGAUUUCGGUAAAGGGUAUAAUGGGAGGCAAGUUGUUUUUCAAAAUUUAAUUCAGGCCUGCUUUUAUAAAGUUGCAAAUGAAAGUGGAAAAUCAUGGCUUUGGUGGGAUUAUGUGACGGAUUUUGAUACUCACUGUUCGAUGAAAGACGGAAAGUACAACAAAGAUUGUGCAGAUGAAGUUAUUAAGUCACUAGGAGUUGAUAUCAAGAAAAUAAAUGAAUGUGUGGGUAAAACAGAAGAAGAUGUCGAAAAUGCAGUUCUCAAAGCAGAACAGGAUGCACAGAUAGGAAAAGGUGACCGAGGGGAUGUGACAAUACAGCCAACUCUUGUAAUAAACAACAGACAAUAUAGAGGUAAGAUUGACAAAAGAGCAGUUUUGAAAGCCAUAUGUUCAGGAUAUGAGGAAACCACAGAACCGGCUCUUUGCUUAAGUAACGAUAUAGAAACAAAUGAGUGUAUGGACAACAAUGGUGGCUGUUGGAUGGACACCGUUACUAAUAUAACAGCAUGCAAGGAUACUUUCCGGGGAAGAGUCUGUGAAUGCCCGAUUGUGCAGGGUGUGAAAUAUGUCGGUGAUGGUUAUAAACACUGUGAAGCUUCGCUGGCCUUACAUUGUCAAGUUAACAAUGGAGGCUGUUGGAAUAGCACCAAAGAGGGCAGGAACUACUCUGCUUGUAUUGAUGGCCAUACAAAUGGUUGCACUUGUCCGUCAGGAUUUAGGGGAGACGGAGUUAGUAGUUGUGAAGAUAUUGACGAAUGCAAAGAGAAAACGGCAUGUCAAUGUUCCCAAUGCAAAUGCAAGAAUACGUGGGGAAGUUAUGAAUGUAGCUGCACUGGCAACUCAAUCUACCUUAAAGAAAUUGACAUAUGUAUAAAUACUAAAGAAGGUCAUACAAGUAGUGGCUGGGGUUUCGCAUGGAUCUUUGUUCUUGGUUUGGCAGCUAUCGGAGUUGUUGGAUAUAUAUUCUACAAGUACAGAGUUCGGAGAUACAUGGAUUCAGAGAUCAGGGCUAUCAUGGCGCAGUAUAUGCCAUUGGAUAAUCCAGUGGAGGUUCCACUCAACCGCUCUUAUGGAGAUAUCUGA